AUGCCCGCGCCGCUGUUCAAACGCUGGGCUCCGCCAAAGUCUGCGGUCAAGCAACAGUCGCCACUACCUGUAUCGCCGCCUGCUCAAACUCCUGCGACACGAGACCUAUCCCCAGAGGCUUCUCCGGUUAGGGAGGAGAAGAAGCCGAGAAAAAAGAAGACUGAGGCAGAGGCAGAGACACCAGGCGCAAAGUCAACACAGGUGGAGGAGGAGGCCGCGGAGACUCCAAAAUCCAUCAAGAAGCCCAAGAAACGGAAGCGGGACUCAGACGUGAAUAAGGAGCAGGAUGAAGAAGGCUCGAAAAAGCAUAAGACAAUCUUCUCAAAAUUUGAAAAAGUUUCAAAGCAGGCAGAAGCACGACGGGAGGAUGGUGCUGGGGAUGAUGCAGAAGAGCAGGAUGACCAGCCAGAGGAGGAGCUUCAUGAUCUACGACCCAUGCCCCAACCUGCACCUGUACCCGAUUCCACCUUUGAGCCUACAUUCUCAACCCUACCCACGUGGCUAGCGCAGCCUGUAACAGUCGAGGCGUCAGAUGCGACGCCUUUCGAGGAGCUGGGAGUACAGCCAUUUUUUGCAAAGAAACUCGAAAAGCAAGGGUUCAAGCACGCCUUGGCGGUGCAGACGGCCUUGCUACCUAUGCUGCAUCCUGGAUUCGAGCAACAUCUGGGCGAUAUCUGUGUGUCCGCAAAGACUGGAUCAGGAAAGACAUUGGCAUAUCUUCUGCCAAUCAUCGAGGCUUUGAAGGACAGAGCCGUGCCUAUGCUUUCCGCUAUCGUUGUGGUUCCGAGCCGGCAGCUGGUCAAUCAGGCACUACACACCGCAGAAGAGCUUUGCGCUGGAACAAAAAUCAAAGUCGGCACAGCAUUGGGUAACAUCGCGCUCGCGACGGAACAGAAAGAGCUUGUCAAACUGAGGUCGCAGUAUGACCCCAAAGGAGCCAAACACCUACAUGCGAGAUAUUCAGAACAGCUGAAGACAGGCUUCGUGGAAAAAGGAGGUGUCUUUGACGACCUGAUGAGCAUGCCCUUAGAUCACAUCCCUCGAUACGAUUCUGGAGUCGACAUCCUAAUCUGUACUCCUGGACGACUUGUCGAGCACAUCGAACACACGACUGGUUUUCUUCUCAGCUCUGUUCGCUGGCUUGUCAUUGACGAAGCAGACCAGCUUCUGAACCAGAACUUCCAGGGCUGGGCAAGCGUCCUCAUGGGAGCCCUCCAUGGCGAGACGCCGGCCGACUUCAUGAAUGCGCAAGAAUGCCUUCGCAAGCGAGAUGCGGGUUCCAUAUGGUCCGUAGCCUUGCCGGCUCGAAGACAACUCACCAAAGUCGUGUUAAGUGCGACCAUGGAGAAAGAUCUUACGAAACUUGGAACACUAAGACUCAAGCGGCCGAAGUUGGUAGUGGUACAAGACGAAACAACAGAAGUGCAGCCACUUGACCACGAAGAUAAUGUCUUUGAACUGCCAUCGACCUUGGAAGAAUUUUCGGCACAUGUCGGCGACGGCUCGAACAAGCCACUGCAUCUGCUGCACGUCUUGAACACCUACAUUUUCCAAGGGAUCAAGUUCAGUGUCAAACAAGACUCGUCUUCAAGUUCUUCCGAGGAAGACUCUUCAUCCGAGGAAGACUCUGAGGAAGAGCAGUCUAGCGCCAUGUCUAACAAUGAAAGCCGCGUCUUGAUCUUCACAAAGAGCAACGAAAGUGCGUCCCGACUAUCACAUCUCCUCUCCGUACUCGAACCGGGGUUCAAAAAAUACCUGAAGACUAUGACGCGUGCAUCGACAGCCGACGCUGCGAAGAAGCUUCUCAAAUCCUUCAACACUGGCGCGAUCAGAAUUCUGAUUGCCUCUGAUGCUGCAUCGCGAGGCCUUGAUAUCCCAACUAUCACGCACGUCAUAAACUACGAUAUCCCCACCAGCAUUACCAGCUACGUGCAUCGUGUUGGCAGGACGGCGCGCGCAGGCAAAAGUGGGCAGGCUAUGACGCUAUUCACCAAGACAGAGGCUGCGUGGUUUUUGAACCAGAUUGCAAAAGGGGAUGGCGUGAAGAGGGGUGAUAGAAAAGUCAAGAGGCUAGAGUGGAAGGAGAGUGUUGUUACCGCGGAUGGGAAGAAGAAGGCGUAUCGCGCGGCUCUGCAAGAGUUGGAGGGCGCUGUGAAAGGCAACACAGACGGGGGCGACUAG